CGUUGACACACUUCAGAAACCACGUUUCUGUGAGUCAGAGCGGACUCUACGGUACCACCGUGUAUCAGCCAAGCCCAAUCCGAGGGAGCUGAACGGGUAAUUUUCACACGUAAUAGAGAAAAACAAAGCGUCUGGCUUUGUUUGACAAGAGGAAGCAAUGUCAGGGUUGAAGAAACGGAGUUCAAAUGCAUCUGCGGACCGGGAUGAAGACGACAAGCAGGUGACGGAGAAGAUGCUCUCCAGUAGAGGUGGGAAUGGCAACAUGAGCCGACCAGGAGACGGCACGCCUGAAAGCCCGACCGCAGAUAUUACCUCUGCGGAUGGAGAAGAGACAGUAGAGCUGAAAAGAACUAUUACUCUUGUGAACGGCGUGGCCAUUAUUGUAGGCACCAUUAUUGGCUCUGGCAUCUUCGUUACACCGACGGGAGUGGUGAAAGAAGCCGGUUCAGUCGGGUUGUCGCUGGUCGUGUGGACUGUAUGCGGGGUCUUCUCCACCAUAGGCGCUCUGUGCUAUGCCGAACUGGGGACCACCAUCACCAAAUCUGGGGGUGACUACGCUUACAUCCUUGAAGUUUACGGCUCCCUACCUGCGUUUCUGAAACUCUGGAUCGAGCUUCUCAUCAUCAGGCCGUCCUCGCAGUAUAUUGUCGCCUAUGUUUUCGCUACCUACCUCCUGAAGCCCAUCUUUCCCUUCUGUCCUGUCCCCGAGACGGGGGCUAAGCUGGUAGCCUGCCUGUGUAUCUUGUUGUUGACCGCUGUCAACUGCUACAGCGUGAAGGCCGCCACAAGGGUUCAAGAUGCCUUUGCUGCUGCUAAGCUACUCGCCCUGGGCCUCAUUAUCAUUAUUGGCUUUGUGGAGAUCGGCAAAGGUGAUACUACUGAGCUUCUGCCUGCAAAUUCAUUUAGAGGAAGCAAUACAGACUUUGGCAACAUCGGAUUGGCUCUUUACAGUGGGCUGUUUGCUUAUGGAGGAUGGAAUUAUUUGAAUUUUGUCACAGAGGAGAUGAUUGAGCCAUUCAAAAAUCUGCCUCGGGCCAUCAUCAUCUCACUCCCCAUUGUGACCGUUGUCUACGUGCUGACAAACCUGGCCUACUUCACCACACUCAGUCCGGAGCAAAUGCUCACAUCUGAGGCUGUUGCUGUGGACUUUGGAAACUACCACUUAGGACCAAUGGCUUGGAUAGUCCCUGUGUUUGUGGGCCUGUCAUGCUUUGGCUCUGUGAAUGGCUCUCUGUUUACUUCUUCUAGGCUGUUCUUCGUGGGCUCCCGAGAAGGUCAUCUUCCCAGUUUGUUGUCGAUGAUCCACCCUGACCUGCUGACCCCUCUGCCUUCACUUAUUUUUACUUGCAUCAUGACUCUCCUCUACGCUUUCUCCAACGACAUUUUCUCUGUCAUCAACUUCUUCAGCUUCUUUAAUUGGCUCUGCAUCGCCAUGGCGAUCCUUGGCAUGAUGUGGUUACGCUACAAGAAACCUGAGUUGGAACGACCAAUUAAGGUCAAUAUUCUGCUGCCUAUUGCCUUCGUAUUGGCCUGCCUGUUCCUCAUCGUGGUGUCCAUCUGGAAGACCCCUGUGGAGUGUGCUAUAGGAUUUGGAAUCAUCGCCACAGGAGUUCCUGUGUACUUCUUCGGCGUUUGGUGGCAGAACAAGCCAAAAUGGCUCUUGCAGAUCAUCUUCUCUGUCACAGCAACAUUCCAGAAGCUGAUGGAAGUGGUACCUCAGGAGUCCUGAAGACCAAACAGAGCGACAGAUGCCUCUUCCACGCGCAAAGUCUCCUCGUACCCAGACCCCCUUUACUGUAUUCCUCAACUGCCUCAUUUCUCCUUACGUGAGCCAGAAAAAUGUCUUAUCCUGCUGACACUGGCAAAAUCUAUAUGAAUUACCACGUAAGAAACCAGACAACAUCAGGUCACAGGAGCGUUUCAGUUGAGAUGUAGAUUUUGCCAGUCCUUCCUCGAUCAAAUGUAAUAUACUGUAUACAUUUCAGUCUUUAUGUUUGACUCGUAAGUUUUCAAUCAGGACUUUCGAUUUAUUUGAUAUAUAUUUAAAACCACCGGAGAUAUGUGUCAUAUAACUUGGUCAUCCCUUUAUUUAGGGCUUUGUUUGUGUGAUUUUUAGCUUCCUGUAUCAUGUUUUCAGCUUUUAUUUCAGAAUGUACGUGAAGAAAAGUGAGUACCAAGCUGCCCUCGUACUUGUGGAGAGGCGCCAUUGUCUCUCUCAGCAAACAGAACCGUGAUUCCCACCUGACCGACAAAUUUGCAUCUUGGAUCACAGAAUGUCCUAUUAUGCAUGUCUUUUUCUAUAGCAGAUAUGACCAGUUUGCUGUGCCUUGUCUGUUAGUGCAGAAUUGUAUUGUCUUUUGAGAUCGACUCGAUAUGACUUUAUACUUUGACAGAUUUAUUUUUAAUAGCUUAAUGCAGUUAUUUUUAAUUGUUAUUAAGAAUUUAAAGGAAUGUCCUUUUUUUGGUUAUGGUCCUCUAAUCGGAUGUAUCCAAUUUUUUUUAUAUUACAGAAGGUAUAGACGUACAGUAUUCAUAAAUUAAUCAGAAUACCUAUAGCCUUGCUGCUUACCUCAGUAAACAUACUGUA